AGGCAAUACAAUUGAGUAUUUUCCAAUACACCAUCCUCUUCUUCUUUAUUUCCACAACAAUAUAUGCCUUGGGGGCUCACUCAAAUAUUUGGCUAUCAACAAUGGAGAUAAUUACGGGAAGGCAUCCAGGUGAUCUUAUUUCAGAGCUAUGGACACCAAAUGGCCAGCAGAUGUUGCUGAAAGAUGUCAUAGACCAAUGCUUUAAACCUCAAAGGAGGAAUAAGGAGGCUGAGCAAUUGGUUGCUACCACAAAGCUAGCAUUUACAUGUUUGCAUUCCAAUCCUCAAUUUCGGCCCACUAUGCAGCAGGUUUAUCAGGCUCUUACAAGCGGUCGACCAUCUCCAUUGCCAAAGUCAUAUUCAACAAUAAGUCUAGGAGAUUUGAUUGGAGAUGGACAUGGGAUGCGGGGCUGAGUUUUUUGGAUAUUCAUCAUAAUUUUAGGUAUGUCUCGUGUGCAUUAUUUAUCUUUUCUAGUCUACCUUCUCUCUGAAUAAAAAUAAUUUCCAUAAUUUGUUUUCUUCUCUUCGUGAUAGACUUCUGAAUAUAUUUUCUUUGCUUCUAUUGACGCUAUUUUGUUAGCACAAUGGAAUAUUAUGUAUUGACAUGACAGGCUGCGAGAUCUAAUAAAAAGCUUGAAGAAAUGUGAAUGUGUUAU